CUGAGGGGGCGCGCGGCGAGCGGGACCCGAGGGUGACAAAAAACGUCCGGGGGUGACAAAAAACGUCCGGGGGUGACAAAAUAGGGUCCGUGGCAGAGGCGCGUGUCCGUGUCGGGCAGCAGAGGGAUCCCGCGGGACCCUUUGGAUCCGUGUGUUGUGCAGAUGUGUGAUUUGAGGCACACCCUGAUGCUGUUUGCAGCUCACGCCAGGCGAGGCACAGCUCUCCGGGACAGCUCCGGACAGAGCAGAUCAGGGAUGUCCUGCUUUGGAAAACUCCUCGCAGAGCAAAGCUUCCCCGUUUGGCGGCGUUUUCCUGAGAGGGUAAAGCUCAGAGCCGAGGACACGGGGUCUGUUCACAGGCGCGAUCCCGCUACUGACCGCCACGGGAGCUUUGACCUGCUCCGUCUCCGACCUGGGCCGGUUCACCCCUCCUUAGGCGACCUGGUGACCCCCGGCUCCCCCAGGAUCACCAUAUCGAUGCCGGCCUUAGCUUGGACGCCCGCUCGGCACAGCCCCCUGCAGCCCAGAACCCCCGGGCUCAGCGAUCCGCCAGCCUCAGCCUCCCCGGAGCUUGGAUUACAGGCACAAGCCACCGUGCCCGGCUGCUCCUCGGGGCUGUCUCCGCUCCCCAUCACCCCGGGAGCGGCCUCGGGAGCCCCUCAGCGCUGCAGCAGCACGGUGGGAGGAGCAGCAGGCGCAGGAAGGAAAAUCGAGCUCUUCAAAGACAUGCCCCAGGUAUCCCGUGGGAAUAACUGGUUCCUCUCCUCCACGGAUGGAAUUGCGUUUCUCCAGUGCAGAGGUCAAGCCACAAAGGUCUUUGAAGGAUCAGUGCAACAGAGGCUUUUCCCAUCUCUGUCAAGAGGGAAGCAAGGAAAGAUGAGCUGCACCACAUCCAAACAGGUUUGACCUGAUGAUCCAAAGAGAUUGGAAUUUGAUUUCUGUUCAAAGAGAUGAAAAUUCUUUGAUUGAGGAGCAUCAGUUUCCUCAAGGUUUGGUUAAUUUGGUGCUUCACGUUGCUGUGGUAGCAUCUGGACCUCUGGGGGAGGGCAGAUCAUGGAAACACGGCUGUAGAAAUCCAUGGAAAAUGAAAAAUUCAAACCUUGGUACCUGCACCACCCAUAAGGGGAUUCCUUAUGGAUAAGGAAAGAUAAGGAAGGAUGAGGAGCAGCCAGACCCAGCUGAGUUACCACAAGGUCCCACAAAUGUAUUUGCUGCCCUUUUCCCAGGCUGUAACCCUUAAUCACUUUAUAACCAUAAUUGCUUUUUACUCUCUGGGCUGUAAAUCCCCAGCAGGUACAUGGGACACCCACCCACUGACACCCAUCAGCCACUGCUCGCUUUUCAAACAUUUACCUCACUUUUAAAACAUUUAACUUACUUUUAAAACAUUAAACUCGCUUUUAAAAUAUUUAACUCACUUUUAAAAUAUUUAACUCCUGCAGGCUACCCAGUAACUCACAGGGGAUUGCCAAGGACCUGAGGAGGGUUUUAAUUCUCAGGCAGGUGGGUGAAACUGAGCCCCUCCUAAGAACUCACACUUUUCAGGUAAUUUAGAACAUAUUUGGGUAUUCUAAGUAUUUUUUUGGGGUGUAUUUUAUCUUGAAAAUCAAUCAGCAGUGUAAGACUGAGCUAGAUGGAGUAGAUAGUGUCCAGAGGGAUUUAUAUCCAUCCUGAAAUGAAGAACCUGCUUUGCUCAGACCAUCACACUUUGUCUGUGCUGACACAU